UUUUUUAGUUUUGUAAAAAUAUCUUUAAAUAUAUAAAGAUGUAUUUAUUUCCAGCUAUUAAAAACGUCAGCUGGUUAUAUAUCGUUUUUAUCGGCAAUAAUGGAUUAAAAGAAUUAAGCUGGUAUUACAUAAUAGUGUUAUGUAGUAACAACAUAUAAUAAUACAUAUAGUAUUUCAUAUUAAUAUAAAUAUAAUACAUAAUAAUACAUUAAUUUGAGAAAAUGAGAAUAUGAAAACUGAUAUUUUUCUUCAGUUAAAAUUAUUAUUAUAAAACAAUUUUUAAAUUCGUUAUAAAGAAAAUAAAAGUUUACACUCGGGUUAUUUACCUCGAUGUUUCUUUUCGUAAAUUAUGUUAUAGUUGUUUGAAGAUUACGAUCAUCUUUGUUAUACGAAUUGUUUGAUCCAAACUAUAGAUUUACAUAUCGCAUAUUCCUCGUAUGGAAAAAGAAAAAUUUUUUAAUUUGAAAUUUUUUCCGUCUACUAUUGCAUUUAAUGUGUGUUACAUCAAUAAAUGUUUUCUUGCAAUAAGCAUGCGAAUAUGUACAACUACUGCGCGACAUUCUAUACCUUUUUUAUUAUACCUAUCUCUUUCUCUUUGGCUACCAUUCUUUGCUAUAAUAUUUUUUCGCAGAAAUUUUUUUUUAUGACAUAACAUCCAAUUACUUUUUGUCAUUAUUUCUUCAAAGUUAACGCAUGUACAUUAAGCGUUACAAAGUAUGAAAAAACUUUUGAUACAAUUUUGACGAUAUAUAGGGGGACAAUAUACUUAUUGCCUUGUUAAAAACAGAAGUCCGUAAUUAUUCUUAUGCCUAUAAAGUUUUGUUGCGAAGGCACUACUGUAAGCCACUGCAAGUAGCAUCUUUAAUAUUUAAUGCAUCCUUCGAUGAAGCAGACAGGUCGUUGUACUCACGAGCAUGCGUAAUAAUCAUCUUAUUAUAGGAUGGAACGAAUACGAUAGUCAACAACUUUUCAACAUACUCGCAUUAGCCUUCGAUAUGGACAUAUCGGAAUCUUCAUGUUACAGAGAUUUCGAAUGGGCGAUUGAACUAAACCGUCUGACUUUAAAUUGGAUCGGCUUAUGGCCUAUCACCGAUAAAGUCGGUACGAAAAAAUUCGGAUCUGACAUUCGCAUGGGUUUGAUUUUCAUUAUGAUAACAUUUUUCUUUGUAAUUCCUCUUGUUUGUGCACUUAUGCGAGUUUGGGGCGAUAUGGUACUAAUGAUAGACAAUUUACGAGUUACAUUACCUAUAUUAUCGGUUUUACUAAAAUUUGUCAUCAUGCGAUGGAAACAAUCAAUUGUUUUAUCGAUCAUAAGCAUGGUUAGAGAAGAUUGGAUGACAUUGAAGUUAGAUGCAGAAAGAGAUGUAAUGAUAAAGCGUAUGAAGACCGCUCGACUGAUUGUAAUUUGUGCAUACGUUCUAAUGGUAUUUGCGUUAAUUAUGGUUACUAUUUUUCCUUAUUUUGGUCUACCGUUCAGACAUCUAACAAAUCUCACGGAUCGAGAUAAACCGUUACCGUUCCAGACAUAUUAUUUCUACGACACAGAUAAAAAUCCGCAGUUCCAGUUAACAUAUCUUACUCAAGUCAUAACGGUGUUUCUGGCCACGAUAAUUUAUAUGUCAGUAGAUUCUUUUUUUGGAGUCGUGAUUCUUCAUAUCUGCGGGCAAUUAGAAAACUUCAGAUGCCGGUUAGUCAAUUUGGUCGUCGGCAAAGAGUUUAACAAAUCUUUGAGAAACAACGUAGUGACUCAUUUACGACUUAUCAGAUAUGUCAAUAACGCUGAAGAUAUAUUCACUUUAAUGAUGCUUGGAUCGAUAAUAUAUUUUAGCAUUAUAUUUUGUCUAUGUGGAUUUGCGUUGCUUGUUGUGAUUAAUAAUGAGAAUAUAAAUGGCGCGAGUUUCUCACGAAUAUACUACAUGAUAUCAGCUAUUAUUACUUAUUUUAUGCAAAUGUUUUUCUAUUGUUAUGCUGGAGAGCUAAUAACAGAACAAUGGGAAGCAGUAUACCAUGCUGUGUACGAUCGUGAAUGGUACAAAUGGGAGUCAAAAAAAGCGAAAAAUCUUAUUCUAUUAAUGGUACGAGUUCAACAACCUUUCGGUAUCACUGCAGGAAAGAUUGUUCCAUUAACGAUGACCACUUUUUGCAGCCUAUUAAAAACGUCAGCUGGUUAUAUAUCGUUUUUAUCGGCAAUAAUGGAUUAA